AUGGAGGCCCAGAGGGACGGCCGCUCCUGGGCGCGCUGGUCAAUGAUGCUCCUGCUGCUGGGCCUGGCGACGCCGCCAGCCACUGCCCAGGCCCUCAGCUACAACGAGGCCGUGCUCCGUGCCGUGGAGGCCUUCAACCAGCGGUCCUCGGAGGCUAGUCUCUACCGCCUCCUGCAGCUGGACUCGCAGCCGCCCAGUGCAGACGAGGACCCAAACAGCCCGAAGCCUGUGAGCUUCACGGUGAAGGAGACUGUGUGCCCCAGGAGGACGCAGCUGCCGCCCGAGCAGUGUGCCUUCCGGGAGAACGGGCUAGUGAAACAGUGUACGGGGACCGUCACCCUGGACCAGGCCAAUGGCUUCUUUGACAUCAACUGUGUGGACGUGCAGAAUGUCAUACUCAACAGACUACGCAAUCGGUUCAAAAACAUUGUAGAAAGGAUUAAGAAUAUUGGCAGAAGAAUCAAAGAUUUUCUUUCGAAUCUUGUCCCCAGGGGAGAGUCUUAA